CCCGCGCUCCUCCUCUGCACAAGAAAAAAAAUACGAGAGGAGGAGGGUGAGGACAAAAAUGAAGUCAAUUAUACAACACCCCAGCUCUCCGCAGCUCCCUCAACUCCUCCUCUACUCCUCUCCCCCCCCUACUGUAUUACUACUACAGCUGGUAGCUCCACAUGCGCCGCGGCGCUCCGUAGCCUUCACCGGGCACACCGGCUCCAGUCUGCAGGCAUGUCGGCCGGUGGCUCUGAGGGGACAGUGGACAGGCCAGCAGAUCCUGCAGCAGAGGAGAAAGGCCAAGCGAGCCAAGCCGGCCCCUCGCUGCCAGCUGUCGAGCUGCCAAGGAAACGAAAGGGAGUUGUGGAGAAGUCAGACACCGAUGUACAGCAAAGCCUCGACUUUCAAAUGGAAGAUGACCUCAGCAGAUCUGAAGGAGACGAUCAGCAAGUCAAAAUGAAAUGCUUCAGGGAGCCUCACCGCCAGAUCGAGAAGCGGCGAAGAGAUAAAAUGAACAACCUCAUCGACGAGCUGUCUGCCAUGAUCCCUGCCUGUCAGCCCAUGGCUCGAAAACUCGACAAACUCACUGUGCUGCGAAAGGCUGUCCAACACCUGAAAGCCCUCAAAGCUGGGACGAGCAGCGCCUUUACUGACACCGCCUACAAGCCUUCCGUCCUGCCUCAUGAUGACCUCAGGCACCUUCUGCUCAGGGUAGCUGCUCAUGCUGCAGACAGUUUCCUGUUAGUUGUAAGUUGUGACCGAGCGAAAAUCCUGUUCAUCUCUGAGUCCGUCUCCAAGAUCCUCAACUUUAGUCGGGUGGAGCUGACUGGGCAGAGCCUGUUUGAUUUCAUCCACCCCAAAGACAUCAACAAGGUGAAGGAACAGCUGUCAUCCUCAGAGAUGUACCCCCGCCAACGCCUCAUCGACGCAGCAACUGGAGCUCAGGUCCAGGCGGACUCCCCCGCCAGGGUGUCCCUCCUGUCAACCGGGUCUCGGCGAUCCUUCUUCUGCCGCAUGAAGCACAGUCGGGUGACGGGGAAGCAGGAGGAGAAACGCUCGCUGCCCAAUAUUUCCAAAAAGAAAGACACAUACAGAUACUGUACCCUCCACUGCACUGGAUACAUGCGGAGUUGGCCGAGCAGCCAGCUGGACCCGGAGGGCGACGCAGAGAAAGAACCAAACCUGACCUGCCUGGUGAUGGUGUGCCGCCUCCAUCCUCACGUGCCCCACCACCCUUCCAAAGACAUCAACGUCAAGCCCACUGAGUUCAUCACCCGCUGUGCGAUCGACGGCAAGUUCACUUUUGUAGAUCAACAAGCCACAACAGUCAUUGGUUAUUUGCCACAGGAAGUUCUUGGCACAUCGUGUUACGAGUACUUCCACCAGGACGACCUGCAGCACCUCGCAGAGAAACACAGGCAAGUUCUUCGAAGCAAAGAGAAGAUUGAGACGCAGUGUUACAAGUUCAAAACAAAAUAUGGCUCCUAUGUUUCGCUGCAAAGUCAGUGGUUUAAUUUCACAAAUCCAUGGACCAAAGAAGUUGAGUUUAUCGUGUCUUCAAACAGGGUCAUCUCCAGGGGGCCUGGUCACACAAAGGAUGAGGAGGAGGCAGGCAGCUCAAAAGCACUUCAGGAAGACACAAAGCAUAUACCUGUAAUUCCUGGCCUUUCCAGUGGUUUGGGCCCAAUGAUCUACGCAGGCAGUAUAGGGACCCAAAUCGCAAAUGAGCUCAUCGACUCCUACAGGAUGAACUCGUCUCCUUCGAGCGGAGCUUCCAGUCCGUUUGGCCCGGUCCAGGAGAAAUGUCCACUGGUGUCCCCAAAUACUAGCAGGAGUGCAUCCAGCAGAGAGGACGCAGCAGGCAGUUCAUCACAGUCCCAGUCUGACUCGAGGACAGCGGCGGGCGCUAGCAGUGCAGCUUCUGAAAGUACAGGUGAGCCGUCCCAGCUAGACCUGGACAGCAUGGUGGUGCCAGGCCUGAGCAGCUUCAGCAGUGAUGAGGCAGCCAUGGCCGUCAUCAUGAGCUUGUUGGAGACGGAUGUAAACAUGGGUCAAUCGGGGGACUUUGAGGACUUACACUGGCCUUUCUAGGGGGCGCAUAGACUUUCAGCCUCUCUACGCUCUCUUGUGCCGUUUUCUUGCCAUUUGCAGAGAACUUGGGCAUUUAGUCGUUCAUUUUUGUGACCGACUGAUCUGGCCUUGCACAAGCGAACCCACUGGAUCCAAGAGAAGCCAGCUGCAGACACAAGAUGGUAGACCUCAACCAUGGAGGAAUACAUGACUCCAGUGCAGAUUUUGUCCUUUUAGUGUGGAGCCAAUAGCGAACCCAGCCGAUUAGUGCACCAUAGUUCGAUUGUUGAAAAAGUAGAAUCUAAAAACUUGAUGCACAGAGAUCCACUAACCUAGAUGUCCAAACAAGGAGAGGUGAUAUACCAAAUGUUGUUCAAUGAAAAUUGAGGAAAAACAAUGUUUCUUUCUAUUAUUUUGUUUAGUUCUCUGACUUAAACUUUUUGGGAGAAUGUAGCUCACUAUUACUUUAGCUCUUUGGUUGUGGUAAAUAAGGCCAAUAUAGCCUGCUAUUUGUAACAUUAUGGGUAAGAUGGGACAUCGCUUAGUAUGUUACCUCUCCUUGGUCCUUGUUUGAACAUCUAAGUUAGUAGAUUGAGUGCUUGUAAAAGUCUAGAACAUUAUAUUCAUCUUCAAUAUGGUAACAAUAAUACUUAAAGAUCUCAUAACUACAUUAACAAUAAAACAGAGUAAUAUAUCCAUAUCUAUCCAAGGCAUAGACUCAGAUUUAAGUAAGAUUUAAAUAACUGCCAUUUCUGUGGAUAUUAUAUUUAAAUAUCUGAACUGAAGCUGUAGAUUUAAUAAAACGUGGUCUAAAGAAAUUAAUAUGGAACAUUUUACAUUCAAGAAUAUUUAUUAUAUAAAUUAAUAAUUAUGACAAAUAAAUUGUAUUUCUUGAAAAUAUAAUUUUAUUGAAGUAUUUUUACAUGUUUUUUUAUUUGAAUAUGCUCAUAUAAAUAUGUUCACGAAUGUGAUUUUUCAUGUUCACCCUUUUAUAAUCUUGUUAGAGAUCACAUUCAGUUUGUUUGAACAACAAAAAACAUGGAUGACAAUAAAGUAGCACAUUAAUAUAUUAAUAUCGUAAUAAUAUUGAUAAUGAUGAUAAAAUUUAAUAAAUAGCCAUUCAAAAAUUGUAGAUUUCAAUUACAAAUUUGUACAAGAACAGUAAUAAAUUAUACUUUAUUUAAUUUUUAUCUAAAGUAUAUAAGUAUACAGCACCAACCAAUGCCAUACACUACAACUGCCAAAAUACCAUAUUCAAAUACCAUUCAUACUUAAAUAUUUUCAUUAAUGAAUAGGGAAAUUAAACUCUACAUUGAAACAAACCUGUUAAUAAUGCAUUGUUGUGUUAUAGCAGCAAACAGGAGCACUAAUGCUAUAAAAGCUGAACUCAUCUGCUGUGAAAGUCAUGUCUCCUCCAUGGUUGAGAUCCGCCAUCUUGUGUCUGCAGCCCCCCCCCCCCCCCCCCCACUGGACAACAUGUCGUACUUGAGGAGGCCAGAUAACAAGAUAGAAGUUUAAGUUAAGAGGGAAUAUUGUAACUGUGAUUACCUGGUUGGCUCUCACCUGAAGGAAAGGUGAGGUUAAUGUGUUCCUGGAGCCUGUGGGGAUUUAGUUUCUUCUUCAGUGACACUUCAGCAUCCUCAAAGGGGCUCCUAAAACCUUUGGCAUUUCCGAACCCAGUGAUGAUUUAGAUGUUUUUCAUUACAUGAUUUGGUUGUUCCCUUUUUUACUUUUGCUUUUACUGUUUUUUAAAGAUCCCACAAAAAAACUACUCUGGUCAGAUAUUGUAUUCAGUAAGUACAGAAAAAGGCUAGAAAGAACAUCAUCUCCUCCGUACUUGAGAAUUUCCAGACUAUUGAAUAUGCAAAUAUGAAGCCGACUAUAAUUCCUUGUACCCCCCCUAGGACUACUUCUAGUCCAGUUACACUGUGUAUGGAAGAUUUUAGUUUACACACAAAUCACAUGCCAUAAGUAAAGCUGAUUGUAAACAUGUUUCUAUGUACAGAAAUUAUUCAAAACAGCAUGUCUGAUUUUGUUAGCACACUGCAGCCGCCAUGUAGAACUUUUACUGAGCAGGCCAAGCAGCUCUCAUACACUUUGACUGGCACAGAAUAAUAUCUGAUCAGAAAAAUAUAGGCUUAGCUAAGUCUAACAAUAUGUGUUGAGAGUCAAACGUUUUUUAUUCCUAAAUUGCAGCAGACCAACGUCUGGCACCACAACUGUCAAAAGCCACCAGGGAAACAUGUUUCAUGGAGGAAGCUUUAUGUUGUGGCUGUUUUGAAUACUUGAAUACUGACUAACUCUAACCCUGUUCACAUUUUUGGUCCCAGGAUAAAUAGUUCGUUCAACUUUUUAGCAAAACUAGAAAUCUUUCCCUUUAACAGAAGAAUAUGACAAGCACAUGGUAGGUGAAAGCCACAUCUGUCUAAAGUCUAGAAUAAGUAUCCAUAGAGCAAAAACACAUUUUUAAGUGUAUGGCUCUUUUUAAGACGGUGUAUUUCUCCAUGAAGUUUGUCUGUUUUCAUAUUGAAUGUGCACUAAAGGACUGAGCCCUACUAUGCCUAUACUGUGUGUUCGCAUAUCACAUAUUUACUGUACUGCAGACAGUUCUGUGAAGGUAAUCUACUGUACACUGGGACAAUGUAGAAGGUCCACCAUGGAUGUGAGAAUGUUUUCCAGUGUUAACGAGGGAACAGCUAACAUUUUAGACGAAUUCGUGUGUUAGCCCUCCUGUUGCCCCAAAAUAGUAUUUGAACAGCACACCACUGCACAGAAAUUAGCCUCAGUAUUUGUGUUGCUAGGGAGACGGUAAUGUCGCAGUUUAUCUAUUUCUGAAUGUCCCAUUACCACAACAGCCUAUUGUAAAAGAAACUCCUUGAAGCAACUCAACUUUUUUUUUUUUUUUUGUUAUAAAAGCAGCUAUUCUGGAUCUCAUCAGUGGAGACCAUUUUUAAAACCAACAAUGCAGCCACAAGGCAGGUUGAAGGUCUGAGCAAGGGCUACGGGCACAAAUGAAUGAUAUUAUCAAGCUAUUUAUUUCCUUGUGACCUUACUUCAAAAUCAGCUGGUUAAUGCCAGCUCUCUAGGGUUGAGGCUUAGGAAAGAGUGUUCAUCAAAAAAGUAAAUUAUAUGUUAUCAUAAAUUCACCCCUGAACUGUCCUGUGGACUGAUAUUAACAGUGUAAGAAGAUGUGAGGGUGGAUUUAGUUUUAAACCCAGUGACUGGCCUACAUACAUGCACAUGUAAACUCUGGUUUUAUCACUGGUUCCUCUAGUCUUGAAAGCAUAAUGUGAUUGUGUUGCCUUGAACACAUGUAACAGUGAAAGGUUCAAUUGGAAAUCAGCCAUUAUGCGCGCUCUUUGGCUUUAAAAGCAAAAGUGUGGUACCAGACAAUAUUUGCUGUUGCCAUCAGUGCCAUUUGAAAUGGACUCUAAAGCAUAUUGAAUAUGCCAUACUAUCAAAACACAAUGUCUGUCUGAUAUUUUUAUGUGCAAAUUGUCGUCAAUGUAUCUGCUGUAACAAGGAAUGGAGGUUGAAGUCUUUGAUAGUAAAACAAUUUUUCAUAAA